AUGGCAACUCCAUUUGCGAUAACUGUAGAUGGUAUUCAAGAUCAGUUUGGCACUAAUCAUAUUGGCCAUUUUGUCCUCACACUCUUGCUGUUGCCAACCAUCAAAGCUUCGGCUCCAUCACGUAUUGUAAAUGUUAGCAGUGAGGGUCAUAAACUUGCAUCUUCACGAGCAGGGAUAGAAUUUGAAAAGUUGAAUGAUCCAAAGGCUCUUACCUCUUUUCAAAGAUAUGGUCAAUCAAAACUCGCAAAUAUUUUAUUUACUCUUGAACUUAAUAAAAGACUUUCAGGAACAAAUGUUUAUUGUAAUUGUCUCCAUCCAGGUGUUAUAAGGACUGAGUUAUUGCGUGGAAUUGAAGCUGACUGGGGAUCUUGGAUAAAGCCAAUUACUUAUCUAUUUUCAUUAUUCCUGUUAUCACCUGAUGAUGGUGCUUUAACUCAACUUUAUUGCGCUACAAGUCCUGAAAUUAAAGAAAAAAAUCUCCGUGGAUUAUAUUUUGUACCAUUUGGUGAAGUAGGUGAACCUACUACUCAAGGUAAAGACGAAGAAUUGGCAAGAAAGUUAUGGGAUUUUUCUGAAAAUUUUGUUAAAGAAAAAUUGGCAAAUGAUAAAAUUAAACAUGAUACAAUGAAACUUCACGAUUAUCCUAGAAAACCUGAAAUCGAAUACAAAGAUCCUUCUACUGGCACUUAUCAUUAUACUAUUAUCUCUGAAGGAUACUAUCUGUCACCACCUGUUCUUGUCAGGACUCAAAGAAAAAAAAAUAGUAGUUAUAGAAUUCCUGAUAAUUACAAAGUUGUAGUUAGUUGGCUUAAAUGUAUAGAACAAGCUAGAGAUUCUCAUCAUCGAUCUAAUACUCUUCAGCCCCUUGAAACUCUUAGUAAUUCUGCAAAAAGAUCUCAAAUCAAACAAAUUGGUGAAAAAGUGCGUGAUUAUAUUAAUCAUGAAACAACACAUUUAUAUCAUAAGGACAAACUACAAAUAAAAUCACUUGUUUUGUCAGUUGAUGAUCAAAAUUGGAUAGUUAAUUAUUCAAAAGAUAUGAUAUUUGAAAAAAUCAAAAGCCAAGCAUGUGUUUGUGUAAUAGAUAGUAAUUAUAUUUCACGAGAAGCUUUUCGAUCAAUGGCAAAAAUUUAUCUAGAAUUAGAUUAUGAAUAUAUAAUUACAUUUGAAGGUAAAGAAGGAAUAUCAGAUGGUGGAAAUGAAGAAGAAAGUAAAAAAGAAUACUAUUUAGAAUCUAAAGAAGAAACUGAAGAAGAAUCUAAUAAUGAAGAAGUUAUAACUACAAAUAACCUUCAUAAAGCUAUUUGA